AUGUCGCAUCCUGAGAGGAACCAGUUGAUUCUAGACAUGCAUUUCACCGUUGAAAUUGCACGUUUUGCUGGUUACCCAUCUAGACAUGUGCAUCAGAUAGCCUCGGCCAUAAUUGCUCGUGCAAUCAGGACAUUCUCUGCUAGAGGCAUUGACCCUCAAAGUGCUCUCCCUGAGGAUGAAUGGUUUGUUGAAACUGCAAAGGCUGCAAUUAACAAGCUUAUGUUGGGAGCAUCUGGAUCAGAUACAUCAGAAAUUGAUGAAGACCACAUCACUAUGAAUCAUGAUGUCAUCUCAGAUUCUGAUGAAUCUCCCUCUUCUCUCUCAACUGUAGAUUCUGUCGAGUCUUUUGCCUCUGCAGAAAUGGGUGAUUUAGAAAGCCCCGUGUAUAGUGAUACUGAGGCCUAA